GAGCGCCGUGGUGGUGAGUGUGGAGGGGGCGGGGCUUCACCGCGCUAACGGAGCAUAAACACUAAAUAAACUGAAAUAAUAACGAAUAAGUAAACAAACUCAUCCGCACUGCAACUGGAAAACACGGAGUAAACACACAGAGAGGAUCCAGUCACUGCCCGAGAGGAGAGAGCCGGUUCAGAGGCCGCAGAUCGGAGCAUGGAGCAAGCAGAGGAACAGGGCAACUCUGGCUCCACUAAUGGCAGUGCUCCAUCUGGGGGCAACUCUCGUCCCCCUCAGAUCGCUCAGAUGUCUCUAUAUGAAAGACAGGCUGUGCAGGCACUCCAGGCUCUUCAGAGGCAGCCCAAUGCAGCACAGUAUUUCCAGCAGCUCAUGCUGCAGCAGCAGAUCAACAGUGCCCAGCUCCACAACCUCGCCGCUGUGCAGCAUGCCACCCUUGCUGCCAGUCGCCAGUCCAGUUCCCCUAGCAACAGCGUCUCUGCUGCCACCAGCACGGCUCAGUGCACGGUCAACUUAAGCACCACCUCUGGGGGCGGGACCAUGACGAAUCCGCGGCCAAUGGGUCCUGCAACGUCUGCAACGUCGACAGCUCUUAGCCAGUCAGUGUUACUGGGAGGGAACUCAGCUGGGCAGGGUCAGAUGUACCUGAGAGUGAACCGCUCUCUCAGGGCUCCUCUUGCCCCUCAGCUCAUCUUCAUGCCUGGUGGCACAACAACAGCUGCUGUGGCAACAGUUACCCAGCAACAGCCCCAGCAGCAGCAGCAACCCCAACAACAACAGCAACAACAACAGCAGCAGCAGCAGCAGGAAGUCCCUCCCACAUCAUCAAGUAACCAGUCAGACAAUGAUCAGGUCCAGAACCUGGCCAUGCGCUGUGUGUCCACCCCCCGUGUGGCUGCUGUCAAGACUGAGUUUCCUGACAAGAAGGACACUGGGUCAUUCUCUCUUGGUCAGACUCAGCCACAGCAGCAGCAAUUUGGUCAGUCAGCGCAGCAGAUCUCAGCCCAACCCCAGCAGCUCGCCAGCACCAAGCUUGCCACCUUCAGCUCCACCAGUAACGCCACGCUGACCGGCAUCAGCAUCAAAGCCCCAAACUCAGCCACGCUGCCCGCCCAACAGCCCGGCGGCGCUGCCUCUGCUACUCCCUCAUCCUCUGCGUCCUCUCCCUCGCUCCCGCUGUCCCAGCUUCUGCUGUCUCCGUCCGGACUAUGCCAGGCACGGGGCGUGACUGCACCUGCUGCCACAGUUACACAUAUCUUGGUGCCCACCUCCAAUGUGCCCACUUCUUCCCAGGGUUACCCCGUAGGCUCUGUGGCCCCCAAAUCCAACAUGGCGGCUCAGACUCUUGUGGUGCAGCCGCUGCAGCAGUCUGGAGGAAACCUAGGCACAGAGAAGGUGGCGCAUGGGACAGGACCAGUGCCUAUUCAGCCCAAAACGGCCCAGAGUCAUCGGCUGCCCACGCAGAUUCCCCCACGCCACCCUCCCCCGAUCCUACCUGCACCACCCAGCAGCGGGCAGACGACGCACCACCCGCCCCAUGUUCCGGUCCAGCUGGUGGGAGCCAGACAAGGGCCACUGGGGAACUCUUUAGCUGUGGCUCAGGCCCGCAGCUGCUGCUCCCACCAGGACGGCGCAGCCGCUGCUGCCGUCACCAUCAACAGCUCCGCCGGCAACGUGGUCACCAUGGUGACAGCAGUGGAAGCAGGCGGAGCAGGGGUGUGCCUUAAAUCAGCCCAAAGUGCCCUCCCUGUAUCUCAGAUGCAGACCAAUCAGAAUGCAGCGUUGAAUCAGAGCGGCUCUUCCUCCAUGGGUCAGUCUGCUGACCGGCAGGAUAGCAGCACCACAGGGACCUCUGCUGAAGACUCUGUGUUUGAGCAAUCUGGUACAUCCCAGACAAAGCCUGUGAUUGGCUCCUUGAAGAGGAAAUCAGAAUCGGAUGUAACCAACGAGAUGUCAGCAGACGCUUCUGCCCAUUGCUGUCCGUCAAUAACAGACUCUGCCCCUCCUCUUUCUCCAGCUCCUUCAUUGGACACUGCUCCAGAGGUUGCAUUCAGCACUCCACCAACUCUCUCUCUGCCUCUGCCUCUGCCUCGAGGCGGGGUUCAAGGCGAUCGAGCCCCUCUUCCACAGGCUGUGGUUAAACCGCAGGUGCUCACUCACCUCAUUGAAGGAUUUGUUAUCCAGGAGGGAGCAGAACCUUUUCCUGUGACUGGUCCAGUAAAAGAGCGGACAGAAGGCGUUCCUGUUGCUAUGCCUCUUGCAAUGCAGUCUGAAAAUAGUGCCCCCUCUGUGUUGAAGUGUGAGUUCUGUGAGAGCUUUGCUCCUGCCAGCCAGUUCCGAGGGUCUAAACGCUUCUGCUCCAAAACCUGUGCUAAGAGGUAUAACGUGAGCUGCAGCCAUCACUUCCGCACUAGCCGAGGCCGCAGUGGUGGAGAGCAGCAGCCACCAGCCGCCGUGGUGCAAGAUAGCAUUGCCAGGCGUAGAGGUCCUCGCAGGAGUAGCUCGGAGAUUGCCUGUGCUAAAAUAGCAGGCAGACACCUUUCAGUAAAGUGCCGUUCGGAGUCCAGUCGUUCAGAGGACAUGUCCAGCUGUGAGGGAGAGGAAGAGGAGGAGGACUCUCUCUCCCUCUCUCCAAGCUCCUCCUUCUCUUGCCCUCGCCCCACCCACUGCGGCCCUCAGUUGGACGACACUACUCAAGGCAGCCUCCCAUUGGAUGGGGACCACUUCCUAUCUGCUAGCCCUGCCCACUGGAGUGUGGAGGAAGUGUGUCGGUUCAUUUCCUCUCUACAAGGCUGCGAGGACCUGGCAGGUCAGUUCCUGUCUCAGGAGAUUGACGGACAGGCACUGCUUUUGCUCAAAGAGGAGCAUCUGAUGACCACCAUGAACAUCAAACUGGGCCCUGCCCUCAAGAUAUGUGCUUCCAUCAACAACCUGAGAGACUGAAGAAGGAAGGGGAGGAGGGGAGGGGGUGGAAAACGUUUUCUUUCCUUUACCAGCAUAACAGACAUGAUGUAGGAUGAGGAGAGCGGGCAGUAGUGUCUGAGUGACAGGGAGGAGAAUUCUUUUAGCCUUUAUCAGUUAGGUUACAGUGGAAGAGUGACCUCUGUUAGAGACUUAUAAAGAUGACCCAGAAUUAUGGGGCUUUCAGACUUUUUCAGUCAUAUGUCACAUGGUCCUAAAUCAGGUGUCAGCUGACUUUCAGCUACACCGCCAUGGUGUAACAGGAGUUUGGCAUGUUGAUUCUACCAGUAGUACACUCCUAAAAAUAAAGGUUGUUUAAUGGUUUUUGGCUUACAUGUACAACACUAGGACAAAACUUUAAUUGGAGUAGAACUUUUACAACUUUACAUUAUAAGGAGGUUUUUUGAACUUGUUCUUGAAGGAACCAGAAGUGGUUUCUCUAUGGCAUUGCUCCAAAGGCCCACCUUUAUUUUAAAGAGUGUAGCUUGUAGCUUGUGUUAGGUAAGAUAUGAAGGAAGGGAUCCUGGUGGGGAGAUUUAGGUUUGGACCUUUGACAGCUUCCACAGGGAGAGUGGCUUCACAGGGCAGAGAGAGAGAGAGAGAGGAGGAAGAGGUAGAUUAUUCAGAUUGGAAUGGGAGCUGAUUUGCAGUGACUUUCCUGGAUGUUGAAUAUGCUAAUACCUUUUUUUUUAUAUAUAUAUAUAUUUGUCAUGUGAGUUGAAGCGAUGAUGUAUGAAUGUGUGAUGUAGAAAGACUCUCGGAGGAUGACUGUGGGGGUUUGUGUUCGUCACUUAUGUCAAAGAAAUGUAAUCGGCGUGUGAUUGUUGAUACGAUGACUGAAGGUAGUUAGUUUUACCCUUAUAGUGCAGCUGACCAGUAGAGUCAGACCCUGACUAAGUUGCCUUACUCUGUACGGUAGUGCUUUGUGUAGUGUUAUGGGCGUGGGUGAUUUCUUCCCACAGCGGCUGCAGUUUCCACAAUGUCACUCGAUGCAUACAGAAUUAAAGCAAUUGUUUGGCAAAAAAAAUCAAAUUUCCACAAAUUUUUGCCCAUACCCCAAAUUAAGUUGAUCAUUGAUCAGCUAAGACAUGUUUGUUUCUUUAAUUUUGCAAUGGAGCUGCGAAGCUAAUGGAGCUAACAUGUAAUGGAAGCUUACAUCCACCGCUUAGCAUCAUGCAAACAUGAUGUCAUCCUUAAGUCAUCCUUUGCCUCAGACCGCAUGGAAUUGUUAAAUAAUGUCAAAUACACUUGCUUAUGUGGUUUCUAUCACUGGCAUGGCGUGGCUACAACUAGGGAUGGGCAAUAUAGCAAAACAUAACAUUACAAAACUUUAAGACCAUGUCACAAAACACAAUAAGCACUAGUGCUAUUUCAGGGGAGGACUGAAGGGGGACACAUUCAUUCCACUUUUUGAAAUUAUGCAAGCUCUUUUUGGGGGUCACCAAAUUAAAGCUUUAAUUGUUGUUUUGUUUAGUUAUAGACAGCAGUGACAAAAAGUAGCACUAACCUGCCCUGGAAUUAUUUUCAACACUUCUUUACUAUUAUUGUUUGUUGACACAGCAGUUAUUAAUAGUCCUUUCUUUUGGGGUUUUGGGGUAUUUUGUAAAAAUAUUUUUAAUAACAUGCAGAAAAUUCUAAGAAUUUUAUUUUAUUUUUUUAAAGCCUUUGUAAUAGGCCACAAAGCUGAGUACUUGUAAUUGCAGGCAUAUUUUAUUUACUCAUUUUGGAUUUAAUUGCUGUAUGUAAACUAUAGCCACCUGACAUUGCUUGCCUCAUUUGUCAGACACCCCUGAUAAUAUGCACAAUCACAGUAUUUUGAUAACUGGGAGGCAGCAAAAAAAAACAGUAGUGCCAUAAUUUAAAAAUACUAUCAAAAACUAUGUGUACAGAUGAUUUUUCUGCAAUAUUUUACACACUCCACUGCACUAAAUCCAGUUAAAGAUGCCUAACUAUGCUCUCUUUGUAAUAAAGUGCUGUAAGUGUUCAUUAAGUGAUAAAGAUAUCUACAAGAUGCUUAGAUAAGCAUAUUCUCGUGUGAUGUAAUUCAUCAUAGUAACGAUAAAUGUUGUCAUAUUCCCUGUUUCUAGCUGCUACUGCUGUUUUUAGCUGUGCAACACAAUUCUAUCCGUUUAUUUAGAUUAAAUUUAGUAUAUUAUACAGUGUCUGAGUUUGUCAUUCAAGUCUGUUUGAGAUUACUAUGUGAGUCUUAGGUCUUAAUAACUCAGUGCUGUUCGUAUGUGAUUAUUUUAAUUGGUGGGAUAUAAGCUUGCAUUGCUUGUUUGCAACAUUAGCCAUGUAGCUGUAAAACUAUAGAUAUAUAUAACUAUAUGUCUCGGCUGAUCAAAACAUUUUGGGUAAGGCAAAAAAUCAGUUUGAUUUUUUGCCAAACUAUUAAUUUAAGCAGUAAAACAUGGUCAGACUGUUACUGUGGCACUUUUUUACUGUUUUAUCUCCAGGAUCAGGUCAUUUUAAUCUCGUCUUUGAAUGCUGGUCAAUGGAGAGGUGGGGAAAUGCAGCCGCUGUGAAGGAAGACAGUGAGUAAAGAGAUGCUCUGCAUUUUAUCUCGCUAGUCAGUAUUAAGGAAUGUUUUUUUUUUUGUAUUGGAAGAUGUUGAAAGGCGUCGGGUGCGCCAUUGCCCAAUCAUAGAUUUUAAGACAAGACUAUUUUUUUCUCUACAGUAGCUGAUUUUAGGAUUUUUUUUUUUUCAUUUGUACUGAGAAACAAGAAUCAUUAUUUUUCUUUUAGGGGUGGGGGGGGGUGUUCAUUUUAAACUUUAAGUAGGUAAGUAUCAGUUUGACCUGCAAGCUUUGCAGUACCUGUGUGCAGGUAUGAUGGAGACAGAGAGGGACACACCUGGAAUGGCUCAAGGGGGGUCGUGAGCUGGCCAAAGCCGUUAUAGUGGGCUAGUUUCUUUGUAUCCAGAUAUACCAAUAAAACAGGUGCUAAAACAAUGA